AUGUCGAUCCCUCCUAAAUACGCAGGCCUUAAGCUCCUCCGGGGAACCCCGCAGCAGACGCAGCAUACACUCGAGCUAUUCCUAGAUUACGCGUGUCCGUUCUCUGCCAAGAUGUUUAAGACAUUCUAUGCCGGGGGUCCCACAGUUGCCCAGCAGUACAGCUCUCGGCUUCAGGUAAUCUUCCGGCAGCAAAUCCAGCCCUGGCACCCAUCGUCCACUCUCACGCACGAAGCAGGCGCAGCAGUCCUCCAACUGGCUCCCGAGAAAUUCUGGGAAUUCAGUGACGCCCUGUUCAAGCACCAGAAGGAAUUUUUCGACGUGAACGUGGUGAAUGAAACACGUAACAAGACUUAUGAGCGCCUGGCCAAGAUUGCAGGGUCUGUCGGGGUGGACGAGCAAAAGAUCCUCGCUUUGCUGGUGAUCCCCGAAACCCCCGAGAGCCCAGAUGCGUUGAAUGUGGGAAACCAGGUGACCAAUGAUAUCAAAUGGAUGACCAAGGCAAAUCGAGUUCUCGGAGUUCAUGUCACGCCAACCGUUUUCUUCAAUGGAGUGGAGGAGCGUGGCAUCAGCAGCAGCUUUACAGCGGCUCAAUGGGAAGAAUGGCUGGCAAAGAACGUGGUCUGA